CUGCAGCCGCGUUGCCCACGCCCUCCGGAGACCGGGACCAGACCAUGAUGUGGACACGCUGGCUUGCGCUCGCGCUGGUGGCGGUCGCCUGGGUCCACGCCGAGGAAGAACUAAGGAGCAAAUCCAAGAUCUGUGCCAAUGUGUUUUGUGGAGCCGGCCGGGAAUGUGCAGUCACAGAGAAGGGAGAGCCCACCUGCCUGUGCAUCGAGCAAUGCAAACCUCACAAGAGGCCUGUGUGUGGCAGCAACGGCAAGACCUACCUCAAUCACUGUGAGCUGCAUCGAGAUGCCUGCCUCACUGGAUCCAAAAUCCAGGUUGAUUAUGAUGGACACUGCAAAGAGAAGAAAUCUGUAAGUCCAUCUGCCAGCCCAGUCGUUUGCUAUCAGUCCAACCGUGAUGAACUCCGGCGUCGCAUCAUCCAGUGGCUGGAAGCGGAGAUCAUUCCAGAUGGCUGGUUCUCUAAAGGCAGCAACUACAGUGAGAUUCUAGACAAGUACUUUAAGAACUUUGAUAAUGGUGACUCUCGUUUGGACUCCAGCGAGUUUCUGAAAUUUGUGGAGCAGAAUGAAACCGCCAUCAACAUUACCACCUAUGCAGACCAGGAGAACAACAGGCUGCUUAGAGGACUCUGUGUUGAUGCUCUCAUUGAACUGUCUGAUGAGAAUGCUGACUGGAAACUCAGCUUCCAAGAAUUCCUCAAGUGCCUCAACCCCUCCUUCAACCCUCCAGAGAAGAAGUGUGCCCUGGAGGACGAAACAUAUGCCGAUGGAGCUGAGACCGAAGUGGACUGUAACCGUUGCGUGUGUGCCUGCGGGAACUGGGUCUGCACAGCCAUGACCUGUGAUGGAAAGAAUCAGAAGGGGGCUCAGACCCAGACAGAGGAAGAAAUGACCAGAUAUAUCCAGGAGCAACAAAAGCACCAGGAAACAGCUGAAAAGACUAAGAGAGUGAGCACCAAAGAAAUCUAAUGAGGAGGCAUCUGGGAACGGUGUGCAGAGCCUGGCACCUUCUCUUCCACUUCAGCGCUGAGUCCAGUAUACGCAAGUGUCUGCUACAAUCGCCAAAUCACCAGUAUUUGCUUGUAUAGCAACAAGUUUUAUUUUGUCUAUUUGUUUUGCAAUAAAGGAAUUGGGGUGGCUGGCUAGGAGGGGAAGGGCCAGAGCCUUCAUUUCUAGGAGAGCUUUGAGAGAAACUGUAAAUGGUGCUCGGGGGCUGGAGACAAGUAAGGAAACUGCAUCAGGGUUGGGAGAGAAGUGGACCCAGAUCUGAACCACUUCUGAGUCUACCACAGCUAUGAACAUGCUGCAGGGAGUGCAGGCAGUGAGAGAGACCUCAGCAGGCUGUCCUCACAGGAGGGGUUUGGGAAGCUCAGUGGAAAAGACUGCAUUCUGCUUCCAACCCUUCCUGCUGCCAUCAGUGUAUCAGACCUCCAGCAUCUGUGCUUCUCCUCAUGGCUCCCGCUACUGGCUCUAGAUACACGGCCAUCCUGCUAGUUACCCAGUGUCCCUCAGACUUGAUGAACUUUCUGGGAGGGUACACCCAAAUGAUGCAGAUACUUGCAGACUUUGAGCCCCUUAGAGACCUAACCAAAUUUUUAAAAUACUUUUUACCAAAGGUGCUAUUUUUCUGUAAACUUUUUUUGGCAAGUUGAUUUCAUUCUUCAAUUAUUAUCAUUAUAUUAUUGUUGUUGUUUUUUAAUAUUUUAUUUUCUUGACUAGAAAUUAAGCUUUUGUAAUUAUUUUUCAUUUGUCCUACCAUUUCAGAGGUGGAAGAGUUUGGGGUUCUUCCUGGUGCAGGGACUGACUGCUAAAACCCAGACUCCUUCCACCCUGUCACAUACUAGAUGCAGCCCAGCGUUUGCGCCCUGGCUUCCAGUGGGUCAGCAGUCUGCCAGAGGAGCAGGGAGUGCCUCAGACAGAAGCCAGGAGAAGAAGUAUCUCCAUACAAAGCUUUUAAGAUCCAAAAAGCUAAUUUGCUUUCAUUUAUUCUGAUAGAUUCAUGCAAAUCAGUAUUCCAAAGGAUGGAAGCAAGUGCAGCUAAGCAAGACUUAGAUAUCCCAGCCUAUCAGUAUGCUCAGCGAUUUUCCACUAACCAGGAGAGUUGACUUUGGCCCUGUCUCUUCCUAUUUCUGGGCCUCAGCUUCCUCAGUGAGCAGGUAGGAAUGCAUUAAACUUUUGAUUUGAUAAAUUAUAAAUUCUGUGUUUCUGAGAAGUGGUCCAGAAGGAUACAGGUUCUUGUGAUUUUCCUUCUUCUCCUUAGGAUAAAUGAAACCUUGUUGUUCUAACAAGAAGAGUCAGGCAGGCAAAAACAAGAUGUCCAAAUCUGACCUCAGUCUGAAUGGCCCCGCAGGUUGUGCUGUGAUGUAGAGCCCUCGGGUAAGGCUUGCCCGGGAGGAGAGUGGGAAAGAGGACCAUUCCACUUUGUCUUCACUUUUGCUUUUCAUCUUGAACCUUCUUGGGAACAGCAUGGUUUUCCCUUUAGAGAUGAGGACAAAAGAAGGUUUCACAUUUCAAGAAGGGGAAAAAUGGAAAUUUUAUCUUAAAAUUGUGAUUGGGGUGAAGUCAAUUGUUCCUCUGUAUUUUGGCCUCUGAUACUUAACUCCACUUAAUACCAUGUUUAAGAUGCAUUUGGAAUAACAAAAUUAGAAACUUGACAUAAGAUCUCAUUUUCAGAAAGCAGAUUACAAACGACCAGAGGGAAAUUAUGUAAGCUAUACUGCACAGACAGCUCAGAAAGUUGUGCUGAAAAUGGAAUUCCUUCUAAACAAGUUUCCUUGUUCUCCUUUGAAAGGAGAACAUUCCACUGUGUUUCGAAUUCUGAGCUUUUAUACAUCAUCCCACUUAAAAGUUCUCUUUGAAUCCCACUUGUGUGGUCUGAAAUGCACCUCCCUGUCAAAGUGCCUUGGAGAACUCCCAACAUCACGCCUUGAUCGAGCUUUGCCAGGCCUUGGACACUAUGAAAGAGAGGUCUGGAGUAGCAGUCUGUUUAAAGCAAGAAGGCAGAGUGUCUCCUCACCAGUUACAUUUAGGUCAGUAGUUGCCAUCCAUGACAACCCUACCCUGCAACAUGGAAUUCCCAAGAGCAAAUCUGCAUUCCUCCUGUAAAUAGGGAAGCUACUGUCUGCACCAUAGAAUCACAUUAUCUGGCGAUCAUUCAUGGGAAGCUGCUGAAUAGACUUAGUUGGGGAGUCUUGCAUGGAGCUUUGCAUGGAGCAAAUAAACAGGACUAAAUCGGGUUCAGUUCCUCCAGCUCUCUAAAAGCACAGGGAUUAGACUGCAAGCUUCCUCGGGCUUUCUCUGUGUGUAUAUGGCUUUAUAAACAUAUUACAGCAUCUGUUAAGAUUCAGUGUCCAUGGAAAUCUACUCACAUGCCAUGACUCUGAACUCCAUCACUGUUGGAAAGCAGGGCUCCUCUACCUACUCAUAAGCCCAUGUGGACCAGUUUGAAUGUCUUUCCUUUAUACUUAAUGUUUUUAAAUAGUCAAAUUUCAAGAAGCAAUUUGGACAGGUUUCUGUUGCCUGUGUGUUUGUGAAAUGUAUUUGUAUUUAGUAGGCUUCCAUAUUGCAUUUAACUUGUUUUUGUAACUCCUGAUUCUUUUUUUUUUUUUGGAUACUAUUGAUAAAUAAAGAAAUUAAAAUAA